AUAGCUGUGAAACUGUGUCCGUGGCCGGAGUUGCAAGCACCGACGACGACGAUGUGGACCGUGUCUCUGUUGGUGGCUACCACGCUGUCAGGGGUGCUGCUCGCUGACGUCUACCCCCAGUCGUUCCUUCCCCCGGCCCAACACAGUCCCCUCGAGCCCCCGAAAGUCUGUCGCCAGAGGACGGAGUACUGCUUCUCUUACAACAGAAGGUCCAGCAUUGGACCCGACGACUGGAACAGGGUGUGUGACACGUCUCCAUGUUUCGGCGGUUCUAACCAGUCCCCCGUCCGCAUCUACCCCCACCUGGUCAAGUACUUCUGUGACCCCAACCACCGUCUUGGCUAUCCCCCUCGUCAACUCGUCACCGGCCUCCUCGAAAACGACGGUUACUAUCCAAAGAUCGCCGAAGGUACUUUUCCGGACAUCGUUCUGCAGGGCGUCCCUGGCUACACCGACUGCAGCUUCCGGCUCAACAGCCUCCACAUCCACGUGGGCAAGACCGGAUCUCGCCACGGCACGGAGCACAGAGUGUUCGGGAAACGCUAUGAUGGCGAGAUGCACCUGGUCCAUGUACGUGACGGAGGGAACGCCAGUGGCAGCGUGGCGGGCCAGGCGGUCGUGGCAGUCUUCCUAUCUACACGUCAAGGACAAUACAGCCCUCAACUAGACGCCAUACUGGAUUGGCUGGUUAACAUCCAAGAUUAUAACGGAAGUGAUGUGUGUACGGAAGAACUGUGUACAGGAGCCAUGGCGAGCCGGAUGAUGAGCAGAAUGGCAGCUCGGAAUGCUUGUCCACACUGGAGGUCUGGGUUUGGCAGUUGCGGUGGCUCAAACGUGACCUUUAACCCAGACCAAUUACUUCCCUCAUCACGUGACUUUUACUACUUAUACGGUUCUCUGACAACGCCCACUUUGUCUGAGAGCGUCCUGUGGCAGGUGAUGAUGCAGCCGUUGAGGAUAACCCGGAGACAGCUGGCAGACAUCAGAACCAUGGAAACCCGUUUCUCAGGCCUCUCCAUCGCCGACAACGGCAACCAGCGUCCGACACAACCACUCCGUGGUCGACGGAUCCUCGCCAACUGUUGCCACAAGAAAUGGUGAACUAUGACGUACACAAGCACAUGGCACCUCGGACGUAGCAACCGGAUAUUAAAGAAGCUGUUUUCUCAA